GUAUUUAUCUGUGAACACGGUUUUGUCAUCAGCAGUGUAACGAGCAGUUCGUGAAAGACAGGUCCAAAAAUGCAGUCCCGUGUAAUAUUAUUGUCAGUCCUUAGUCUGGGCUUAGUAGCAGCCACGCCAGUGGAUGUCUCAAACUUCAACCAAAUUCAGCCCAAUCAAGUUGCGGCUCCCCGUAACCCAUUGAUAGAACAUGCCAUCCUGGAAGCAUUGGAAGGUUUAAGGAAAGAUAUGGUGACAGGCUCUAAUGAUAUACCAGUACUUGAUCCUUUGGAGGUGGAGCAUGUACAUCUGAAUGAAGAACUACUUUCUUUACCUGGUUCCCACGUGACCGUAAAAGACUUGAAGGUGAACAAACUGAGUACAUUCGUGGUGGACACAUUGUCUGUCAACGUUGAGACACUGCUGCCUUUACGGUACCGCAUUACCUUCGACAUAAGGGUCCCUGAAUUACCUGCUGAGGCUAAGAACUACGAUCUCAUGCUCAUUGCACAGGGUCUAAACAUUUUUGGAAACGGCGAUGCUAAAGUGAAACUGAUUGAGCCGAAAGUGUACGGUCACCUCGUGCUGAGCCCGAGGGUCACGAUCGUCUCCGGCUUGUUCUACAGCAUCACAACCAGUAAUGUCAAUUUUGCAUUGAAAGGAUUUGAAUCCGAGAUCAACGGGUUGAUGAAUGAUCCCGAAAUGUCAGCAUUCAUCAAUCAAUUCUUGGGUCAUUUCGUGCCAGAUGCCGUGGUUGUGUACAAAGAUGAUAUUACAAAAAUCUUAAGUGAAACCGUAAUGGAGAUCGGAAACGAACUGCUGCAGGACUUCAACUUAGGUGGAAUCCUUGGAUAGAAAACUAAGCUUUGAUUUACAAAAAAUCACAUCAAGUUGCCCUAAGAAUUAGUAUUUUCAACUUUACUGCAAAAGAUAUAAAGUUGCUAAUGUAUAAUUAUUGGAGUAACUCGAUGUGGUGGCGUUAAUAAAUACCUUAAUCUUAAAAUAUUCCACGCUACGUCUAUAUUUUAUAACAAUAAACAAAUGCAAACACGAUA